UAAAGCGGAACUAAUUUAAUGAGGGGUUUUGUUUCAGUGAAAGCAGAGGAAUGUUUUGACCGCAGGACCGUUCCCAAACUUUGGUGGCUGGUGCUGGCCUGGUGAUAGUCUGCCAUGGAGAGAGAUGCAGUUGAUGGGGUUCUGCUAGACUGUCCCUGGGUACCAGUGUGUAUCAGUGGGUCUCAGCUCCUGGCAAAGACCUGGUUUGGGGACACAGCGUACCGCAUCCUGCUCACGGACCUGCACUCUGUGUGGGAGGAGGAGAUGGACACCAGGGCCAUCCAGGACAGAGCUCAGGAGCUGAACAGGCGAUUGCGGGCUCCCGUCCACGCCUUCUUCUCUCACAUGUGUGAGGUGGCUCAACCCUGUCUGUCUGGACGGGUGGAGGACGGGGGGGCGCUUCAGUUCUCCCUCAACCACCACGGCGGUGACAUCAACCUGAAGUUGAAGAGUGAGCUGGCUGGGGUGCCUUUCUACUGGGAAUUCCGCUGCACCCCUGCCCCUGUGGCUUUGGUGUGCAGUCAGCUUGUGCGCCCCCUGCUGUUGAUGAGCAGGUUACUGCAGAGACAGGUGGGCCAACUGGGAGCUCUGCUGGCCAGAAAAGACACUGAGCUCCAAGACUACAGGGACAAUGGGGCAGUGCUGAGCAGAGGUAGGCUCUACAUGCAGAGAAACAAAAAUACACUAAUUAAACACAACAUACACACCUGUUCCUCUCGUUGGUGUGUGUGUUUUGCAGAGCGAUUGCAGACAGAGUUGUUUGAGGAACAAAACUACAGAGAGAACUUCCUGACACAGACUGUGCCACAGGUAUGUGCGAGGCAGGGCGGUCUGGGGUUUGACUCUGAGCUGCAGGAGCUCUACUCAGCCGUCACGUCCUACGGCAACACCAACGCUCGCAAACGUAAGAUCUCUGAGAGACACGCCCCCGAAGAGGACGAAUCCACCACAGGGGACCGUGACCCUAACCACUCCGCCAGCGGCACACAGCCCCCAGGAGAGGAGGUGAACCAUGGGCUGGACCAGGGGGAUAAGAGGCAGACUGGACGGGGAGACCGAGCCAGAACCACAGACUCAGAGACACCUAAUGAGGAAAAGACUACAGUUCCCAUGGCUACUGCCGCAGAUCGGCCCUCCGCCCGACCCAAGAAGAAGAAAGCUAAGGGGCUUUUUGGAUGACCUCGGAACCUGUAGGGCACCAAACACUAUGGAGACUGUCUGCGACUACGUCCCAAAUGACACGGUCAAAAGUAGUGCACUACUAUGUAGGGGAUGGGGUGUCGUUUGGGAUGCCGUCUAUGAGCACUACCACCUUACUUCAUGUGACAUGUUUUUCAAGUACUCAUCUACGGAGAUGUCCUUUUUUUUUAAACAUUUUUUUUUAUUAAAUCAUUAGAUAUGCAUGUUUUUCCUUGGCUGUUUCAUUGUUUGAUGGAUGUGUAUUUUUUUAAUUGUCUAAAUAAAUAAAGUGUGACAAUU